AUGGAAACCAAGCCCAACGUCAACUUCAAUGAUGUUUAUGAAAAGCUAUUGGGUCUGGACUCACGGGGCAACAAUGAUGGAUACGCGACUGGUGAAGCCUAUGCAAUUAGGCGAAGAAACCUAGGGUAUGGAAGCAAAAACAAAGUCAGGAAGCCACGUAAUAACGAAAGAGAAAAUCGGGAUGUCACAUGCACCUGGUGCGCCAAGAAUGGAGAAUAUGCCAAAGGCCACAUGAACAAAAAUUGCCAGAAACUCAAAGCUUCCAGAGGCAAGGAGAAGUCCGGUGUAUCUGGCAACCUCAAUGUCGAGUCUAGUGCUGCAUUUCAUACAAAACUUGAUCUCUAUUGUAUUCCCGAUCUUUCUGGCCUUCCCGCACUAGAAGAAAUUGUUUUAUUCACAAUGCUGGUCAACUUCGACCUCACCAACUUCUAA